AUGGACGCAAGCUUUCCACACGGUCACCAGGAGACAUUGGGCACAAGGAAUGCCUGUGUGACCAGCGAAAGUACGGAUUCCGAAAGUGACCAGCGCCAAAGCCAGAAAGAAACACGGCUCGAGGUCCCAGCGGGGUUGACGGAUAGCGCGCCACCAAGAGACGAUAGUCAGACACGAGAGACGAAGUCUUCAAGGAGGGGAGUGAUAUACCUUGCUGUAGUGGUUUUGGUUCUUGGUGCUGUUCUGUUGAUAGCUGGGCUGGCUGUUUUUCUGGUGUUCAACUUCACAGCAUCCGAUCGAGCCCAGGCCAACCGAGUUACCACAGACUUCAACAUUACAGACCUAACUACCGUUUUACCAAAUGCAACCUUGUAUCAGCCAAACAGCAGCUCCGCUACAAGCUUCGGUCUACAAACACCACCAGCGCUGCCGUCAGCUGAUCCUUCAGCUGAUGCAACAACAUCUCACCAAGUUUCACCAUCAGCACAGCCAACUGAUGUGUCCACUCACCAAGUUUCACCAUCAGCACAGUCAACUGAUCUGGCCACUCACCAAGUUUCACCAUCAGCACAGCCAACCGAUUUGUCCACUCACCAAGUUUCACCAUCAGCACAGCCAAGUGAUUUGUCCACUCACCAAGUUUCAACAUCAGCACAGCCAACUGAUUUGUCCACUCACCAACAUUCACCAUCAGCACAGCCAACUGAUUUGUCCACCAACUCAAUGAGCGAAUUUACCACAUAUCUACGCACUACUACAUCAAAUCUACAUCCAGUUGGUUCAACCAUUGGAGCAUCAACAAAUCCACUUAAUCAUCCACAAAUUACACACGAUCCACCAGAGGCAACAACUGCAAUAUCCACUACAUCUCUGAUACAAACAGAGACUUGCACUCAUACCGAGUUUUCCUGCCUGUUGGAUGGUCUGUGUAUCCCAACCAUUAAUGUGUGUGAUGACGUCCAAAAUUGUAAUGAUGAAUCUGAUGAAAAUAACUGUUACAAUGGCCCAGUCUGUCAAGGUAGGCACUUCACGUUCAGCUUAGACUUGGACGAAGUCGUCACAAUUACGUCUCCCCGGUUCCCUGCCAGCUACACCCUCUACGAGGAAUGCCACUGGUUUCUCACCAGACCGCCGGGUACCAGCUUCAUCAUCGACAUCAUUCAUUUCGAUGUACCAAUUCCAGAUGCUGUGGCAAUUUACGAGAUUGAGAGUGGCUUCAGACGACUGGUGAUCACGAUGCAUGAGAGUUUGGGUCAGGGGUUGAAAAUGGCAUUCGAGAGUCAAGAUCUUGAGGUUUUGUUCGUGAGCAGUUAUAACACCCACGGCACUGGUUUCAACUUUAGUGUGCGUGCUGUUCAUAAUGACGAAUAUAUCAUAUGUGACGUUCCUCCAUAUGUGUAUGGAGUUGAAGAUGUUUGUAAUGAUUUUUCUGAUUGUCCCGAUGACACGGACGAGAAGGAGUGUGAAUGUGACGAGAAUGAAUUUCGCUGCAAUAGUGGGGUUUGUGUCAAUGGUGGAAUCGAUGUACCAUGCAGCGGAUCUGCCCAAUGUAGAGACUUCUCGGAUGAAGGUCUUGAAUGCCACGAAAUCUAUUGCGUUGACAUCCACCAUUCGGCCUGCGCGGUUAUUUUGCCGUACAACCGGACCUUCUAUCCAAAUGACCGUGCCGACUCCUUGGAAGAUGCUUACACUAAACUCUCCGCCUUGGAGAAACAGUUAUCAUCAAACUGCGCUGCUUCAAUUAGACUGGCAGCCUGCAUACUACUGUUUCCAGAAUGUCCCCGCUUCAAGCCAACGCAGACCGUGUGCAGACGCUUCUGUGAUACGAAUCUUUCCACCUGUUUAGCUUCAGUUGUGAAUGCUGAUUGGUUGUCAUGUGAUAUGUUACCUGAUGUGGAGAUGCGUGCUGGUAGUACUUGCAUGUACGAUGAAGACGACUUGUUGCAUACUGGAAUCUGUGGAACCAGACAGACCAAUCCCCUCUCGCGAAUCGUUGGGGGCGUGGCCAGUGACAUAACAACCUGGCCGUGGAUUGGCUCGCUUCGUGAUGAAUAUUCAGAGCACAGAUGUGGGGCGACUUUGAUAACCAAUCAAUGGGCCGCUACAGCUGCGCAUUGUGUAGGUUUCUUCGAUCGUAUCGUGCUGGGUUCAACAGAUCUGCACGGGACUCCAGCAACUCGCCGAGAAAUCAUAAUAGACAAGGUUAUCGCUCACCCCUUCUACGAUGCAGUAAACCUGGACAACGACAUAGCGCUUAUCAAGUUGCGAGCUCGUGUCGAAUUCAGUGAUGACAUACGACCAGCCUGUCUCAACACUGUGCAAAAUGAAACCUAUCUCUUUGAUAACUGCUACGUUGCUGGGUGGGGCCACACCAGCGCAGGAGGUGCUGUUUCGUUUGAUUUGCAAGAGGCCAUAUUACCUUUAGUUCCCCGCGAUAUCUGCCAGUACCAGUCUAACAGUCCUCAUCUUGUCUCGUCGAAUCAGUUGUGCGCAGGAUUCAGCGAAGGAGGCGUUGACACUUGUCAGGGUGACAGUGGGGGACCUUUGGUAUGCCUGGGCGCCGAUGAUCGAUGGAAACUGGUUGGUGUUACGAGCAGCGGGAAUGCAGCGUGCGGCGCCCCGCAGUCUCCCGGCAUCUACACCAGGGUGUCACGCUACUUGGACUUCAUCCGGCAAACCAUCGCAGCGGAUCGCACGGAUGACUGCACAGCAGGUCAGUUUCAGUGCGAAGGUCAAAUCGUCUGUGUGCCGGACUCAGUCGUGUGUGACGACAAUUGGGACUGUGCCGACGGGUCAGAUGAGCUUUACUGUAGCUGAAAUGCAGUCGACUUCCGUCAGUACGAUAUCUGCUAGAACGAAAUCCGGUUAUAACAAAGAAUUAUCUCCGGUGGACGACGGCAAAACUGCACACUUUUAAUUGGGGACAAAUUCGCUUAAGACGAACUCUGGUAGUACAAAUGUUCUGUUAUAACGAACAUAUUUGUAGUUUGAAGGACUUUUAUGAAUGGAAGAGAGACUAUACAGAAUAAUAGCAUUGUGAAAAUAAAAGUAAUUAAAGUCUAUUCAAGUCAUUUCCUUGAGGACAAAGGGCUCCAAGGUAAAAUGUUGUCAGCUGUGAUCAUUUUCUCGAAACGUUUA